AUGCGGACGAAUCAAACUGGUUUCUUUGCCAUUGGUGAUGCCAACAGCGAUGGUAGCACCAAUGUGCCACAUGCUAUGUUCAGUGGCAAGCGUGCCGCUGUCUAUAUUCAUGUGGAAAUGUCUCGCGAAGACUCCCAGUCCAAGGUUUCCAAGCGCGACAUUUUGUCCCGCCGCGAAUUGGAAAGGGAAGCCGCUCGUGCCAUCGGCGAGAAUCUUGAGCCGCAAUGGAAGCGUGCCCAGCAUCUUUAG